AUGGACCGCAUCAAUAGAAUGCUGCAGGCCGCCCAAGGCAUUGGAAUGGGGGGUGGUGCUCCUGGUGGUGACACUCCGAACCUGAUCGAUAACUCCGAAACCGUCCAUAUUUCGUCCCUUGCUCUGUUGAAGAUGUUGCGACACGGCCGUGCUGGUGUGCCGAUGGAAGUCAUGGGCCUGAUGCUUGGAGAGUUUGUCGAUGAGUAUACAGUUCGGGUAGUGGAUGUUUUCGCUAUGCCCCAGAGUGGUACAGGUGUCAGUGUCGAGGCUGUGGACCCCGUGUUCCAGACCAAGAUGAUGGAGAUGCUCCGACAAACUGGACGGCCAGAGACCGUCGUUGGCUGGUAUCACUCCCACCCUGGUUUCGGCUGCUGGCUUUCCUCCGUCGAUAUCAACACCCAACAAUCGUUUGAGCAGCUCACUCCCCGUGCCGUUGCUGUUGUCGUGGAUCCAAUUCAGUCGGUGAAGGGCAAGGUAGUAAUUGAUGCUUUCCGUCUCAUCCAGCCCCAAACUGUCGUCAUGGGCCAGGAGCCCCGUCAAACAACAUCCAACUUGGGUCACCUGAACAAGCCCUCGAUCCAGGCCCUCAUCCACGGUCUGAACCGCCACUACUACAGCAUCGCCAUUAACUACCGGAAGACGGGUCUGGAGGAGAACAUGUUGAUGAACUUGCACAAGCACGUGUGGACCGAGGCUCUGCAGAUGAACGACUUCCAUGAGGAGGGCCAGCACAACGUGGACCAGAUGAAGCAGCUUGUUAUCCUUGCUGAAGGCUAUGAGAAACGAGUGAAGGAAGAGACCGAAUUGAGCAAAGAGCAGCUGAAGACGAGAUAUGUGGGCAAGGUUGACCCUAAAAAACAUAUCGAAGACGUGAGCCAGCAACUGAUCGAGGACAACAUCGUUGCUGUCUCGAGGCAGAUGAUCGACAAGGAGGCAUCUGUGGCUCGGCAGGCGCCAGGCAAGGAUGGUGCCAACGGUGCAUCUAUGGACGUGGAUGAGGAACUUUAG